AUUUGCACCUUGAUCUAACAGAAAUGUCAAAAUAAGAACACGUGCAUGCUUCAAAUUAAAAGAUUUAUUGUAUGAAAAGAGAUGGAGAACGAAAACGUCGAUGAUACUGGUGAUGCAGACUUCCAGUUCGAUGAAGAUGACCUCGUGGAAAUAAUUGAAAUCAACGAUGGAGAUGGACUUAUAGAGAACUUAGACAGUAUAGAUAUUGAAGGUGGUGAUGACGAAGAGGGAGAAGAAGGUGGGGCAGACGGCUUGAUUGACAGCUCCUCUUUAGUGUUUAAGAAACAUACAGAUGCUGUAUUUACUGUGGCCAUUGAUAAGAAGUCAAGUAAUCUUGUAGUGACAGGUGGACAAGAUGACCGAGGGUUUGUGUGGUCAGCAAAUACAGGAGAACAGAUUAUGGAAUGUAACGGUUUUAAGGAUUCUGUAACAUGUGUUGGAUUUAGUCCUGAUGGUAGUAUGGUUGCCAUGGCUGACAUAAGUGGUGUCAUCAGAGUAUACGACAUAGAAACCAAGAAAGAAACUUGGUCCUUUGAGUGUUCUGAUACAGAGUGGUUACAGUGGCACCCUGUUGCUAAUGUCUUGUUGUUAGGUACUACUGAUGGAGAUGUUUGGAUGUGGAAGGUGCCUAGUGGUGACUGUAAAACAUUUCAAGGACCAGGAUGUACAGCAAAUUGUGGGAGAAUUUUACCAGAUGGUAAAAGACUUUGUGUUGGCUAUGACAAUGGUCUAGUCAAGAUUUGGGAUUUAAAAGAUGUAAACACACUCCACAGUUUUAAUCCAGGGCGAGAAGGACAUUUGUCAUCGGUAGUUUGCAUGGAUUGUCACCAUGACAACACUGCAAUUAUGACAGGAUCAACAGAUGUAACCAGUAGGCUGUACAAUUCUAAUACAGGCAAGUUUCUAGGAUCAUUGGAUUGUAAGAAUAAAGAAUCAGCAGACGAAAACUCUGUGGAAACAUGUGGAUUUUCUAAAAUACAAAAUUAUGCAGCAACUGGCACUUUAUUAGGCACAUUGUGUAUCUGGGACGUACCAACACAGACCGCAAGAAAUGUUUGUCUACAUGAAGCAGGUAUAGUGAAAUUAAAAUGGGAUGCCAUAUCACCGUUAAUAUAUACAGCCUGUUUAGAUGGAGUGUUAAGAUUAUGGGAUUCCAGGAAUGGACAGUGUGUAACACAAUGGGCUGGACACCAAGAUGCAAUCUUAGAUUUUGAUAUUUCAAGUGAUGGGAACACAUUGAUAUCUGUAUCAGAAGACAAAACAGCACGAGUGUUUUCCUUACACACACCAGACAGAUAAUGACAUUUGUAAUGUUUUAAUGUAAAUAAAGGAAAAAAUGUUAA